AUGGCUUGGGCACAGAGCAUCAACGAGAAGGUCGCCAAGAGCGCCGUUGGGCGCUGGUUCCGGCUCGAUGGCAGCGGCCACAAGAAAACUCGACGCGGGUCCUACUUCUUCACAGAAAUCCGCGCCGGGCUGGCGACCUUCUUUGCGAUGGCGUACAUCAUCGCCGUCAACGCAAGUAUCGUCGCGGACACCGGAGGCACCUGCAUCUGCAACGGCGGCGCCGACGACCCGACAUGUGAGAACAACACCGAGUACGCCCUGUGCUCGAACGAGAUCAAGCGCGACCUGAUCACCGCCACGGCUGCGAUCUCUGCCUUGUCGAGCUUCUGUAUGGGUUUAUUUGCCAACUUCAGGCCCGUUGGUCUUGCUCCCGGAAUGGGCCUUAAUGCCUACUUUGCCUACACUGUUGUUGGAUUCCAUGGCACCGGCACCGUGCCAUAUCAGGUCGCUGUCACGGCCAUCUUCGUUGAAGGCUGGAUUUUCUUCGCUCUCGCCCUCUUUGGCAUGCGCCAGUGGCUCGCGAGGGCCAUCCCCCGUUCCAUCAAGCUGGCCACGUCUGUCGGUAUCGGCCUGUUCCUCACCAUCAUCGGCCUGACGUAUUCCGAGGGUAUCGGCCUUAUUGUCGGUGCAACCUCUACCCCUACUGAACUCGCCGGCUGUAUCGACAGUGUCCGUGAUCCGGAUACCGGGCUGUGUCCAGGAAGCCAGAAGAUGAGGUCGCCCAUGAUGUGGGUCGGCAUCUUUUGCGGUGGUAUCCUGACGAGUCUGUUGUUGAUCUACCGCGUGAAGGGUGCGAUCCUGUACGGUAUCGUCCUGGUGUCCAUCAUCUCCUGGCCGCGUACCACCCCGGUCACAUACUUCCCUUACACCGACGUUGGGAACGACAAUUUCGACUUCUUUAAGAAGGUUGUGGACUUCCAUGAGAUUUCCAAGGUCCUGAACGUGCAGGAGUGGAGCAUCGGACAAUAUGGUGGGCAGUUCGGCCUGGCCCUUAUCACCUUCCUCUACGUCGAUAUCCUCGACUGCACUGGUACCUUGUACUCGAUGGCGCAGUACGCCGACUUGAUCGACCCCGUCACGCAGGACUUCGAGGGCUCCACCAUUGCUUACAUGGUCGACUCGGUCGCCAUCUCGAUUGGUGCCCUCCUCGGCACACCACCCGUGACCGCCUUCGUGGAGUCAGGUGCUGGAAUCGGAGAAGGUGGCAAGACAGGCCUGACGGCGAUGGUGACGGGCAUCUGCUUCUUCAUCUCCAUCUUCUUCGCGCCCAUCUUCGCCUCGAUCCCUCCGUGGGCCACAGGCUGCGUCCUGGUCCUCGUCGGCUCGAUGAUGGCGCAGUCCGUCACGGAGAUCAACUGGCGCUACCCAGGAGACAGUAUCCCCGCCUUUGUCACCAUCGCGCUCAUGCCCUUCACCUACUCCAUCGCCGAUGGCCUUAUCGCCGGCGUGUGCACGUACAUUGUGCUGAACACCACGGUCUGGAUGCUGGAGAAGGUCAGUGGCGGACGCAUCGUCCCCCCGAACAAGGACGAGAAGGAGCCCUGGACCUACAAGAUCCCCGGUGGUGUGCUGCCGCCUUGGAUGAGGCGCAUGGCCAAGGGCAAGAAGAACUUCUGGAGCGAGGACGACAGGGACGAGGUCGCUGGCCACGGCGAGGAUAGCCGUCGCACAAGUGGGAGCCUCGGGGAGCCGGAAGAGAAGACGGUCGGCGCUACCGCUGCGUCGAAGCCGGUCAAGGAGGGCGGAGAGGAGGAGCUGCAUUGA